AGCCGCGCCGGCCCCUCCCGCCGGGUCCGGUCCGGUGUCCUGUCCGGUCCCGGGACGUCCAGUGCGGUCCUGGGAGGUCCUGGGCGGAGCUCGUUCCCACCGAGCAGCCUCAGCCUUUCAUCGCCGGACACCGAGGACCCGGCUCCGCCCACCCCCGGUCGCCCCCUCCCCGGGACCCUCCGGACACCGAGGACCGGCUGCGGACACCCCCGGCCACCCCCCGGCCCCCCUCCGGACACCGAGGACCCCGCUGCGGUCACUCCCGGUCACCCCCCGGCCCCCCUCCGGACAGCGAGGACCGGCUGCGGUCUCCCCAGGUAACCCCCCCUCCCCAGGACACUGCGGACACCGAGGACCGGCUGCGGUCACCCCAGGUUCGCCUCCUCCCCGGGACCCCCCGGACACCGAGGACCGGCUGCGGUCACCCCCGGUCGCCCCCUCCCCGGGACCCCCCGGACACCGAGGACCGGCUGCGGUCACCCCCCGUCGCCCCCUCCCCGGGACCCCCCGGACACCGAGGACCGGCUGCGUCCACUCCCGGUGACCCCCCGGGACCCUCCGGCCACCCCCAGAGCCCCUCUGGGCCCGGCUCCGGCCCCCCCGGCCCCGGUCACCGCCGGCCACUCCCGGCUACCGCGGCCCCGGCCGCUCUGACCCCUGAGGACCCGGGUCCGGCCACCCCGAUCGCGUCCCGGCCUGCCCGCGGAAGAUGAAGAUGAGCCCUCCGUGGACCCGCUUCUACUCCAACAGCUGCUGCCUCUGCUGCCAUGUCCGCACGGGCACCAUCCUGCUCGGCGCCUGGCACCUGAUCCUCAAUGCCGUGGUGCUGCUGAUAUUACUGAGUGCCCUGGCAGAUCCUGACCGGUUCCACUUAUCAAGUGCCGAACUCGGGGGUGACUUUGAAUUCAUGGAUGAUGCCAAUAUAUGCAUUGCGACGGCGAUUUCUCUUCUGAUGAUCUUGAUCUGCGCAAUGGCCACUUACGGAGCAUACAAGCAACACGCUGCCUGGAUCGUCCCAUUCUUCUGUUACCAGAUCUUUGAUUUUGCUCUCAACACCUUGGUAGCAAUCAGUGUACUUGUUUAUCCCAACACAAUUCAAGAGUAUAUUCGACAGCUGCCUGCUAAUUUUCCCUACAAGGAAGACAUCAUGUCAGUGAAUGCUACCUGCCUAGUUCUGAUCAUUCUUCUAUUCAUCAGCAUCGUCCUGGCUUUCAAGGGUUACCUGAUUAGUUGUGUAUGGAACUGUUACCGGUACGUCAGCGGCAGAAACACUUCGGACGUGCUGGUUUACAUAACCACCAACGAUACCACGGUGCUGCUUCCUCCUUACAACGACACCGCAAACGGGGCCGCCAAAGAGCCCCCUCCACCAUACGUGUCUGCGUAAGCCGGAAGACGAAGGCCCCCGGGAUCCAAAAUUUCCCUUUUCAGAUGACUGAGCAGUAGUUCUCCGCCUCGCUCCUGGGAUGUGCCUUCUAAAGGCAUUUUGCUCCGACCCGCCACAUGGUUUGGAAGCCUAGCUUGUAUGUUAAACACGUCGUAUGUAGUUUCAAAAAUGUGCUUCAGCUGGAAGUCCGCACUGGGGCCAUAGAGCUCUUGCGUUAGGGUGAUGAAUCACGGAUCUUAGACGUUCACAUUUUGGGGGCCUGAACUCUUAGGCAUGUGGCUAGGUUAAUAAAAUAGACUUUUCCCCCCACCCUAGGCAUCCCAAAUUUGGGCUAGGGAGGGAGCCGUGAGGAGCGAGGAUGAUGUCAGUGUCUCCGCACUCCGACUCCACAGUAAAGUUAGAAUGAGGCUUUGUUCCCACUUGCCAAACUGUCCAAAAUUCAUUGAGCAGAAAGUGUGUGCCGCGAGCAGGGGAAAUGACGGCGUAUCUCUGUCCCUGUGCAUAUCGGUGGGGACUCUCUAAGGCUGGGAAGGCUUUUGCUUGGUUAUUACUCUGACACCACCCUGAGCCCACAUUCCCCUCUUAUCUCCCCAGGGUGCAGGGCUGUAGCCCCCGUUACCUUGAUGCAUGUUGCCCUUCCCUCCCCAGUUCCCAGAAACCAAAUGGAGUUUCCUGUAGAAAUGCCCCCCACCCCAGACACAAAGGCACUGGAACUGGCCAAAGGAAUUUAAAUAUCAGAGGUUGAAGUAGGCCGCUUGAUGCCCAGACCAUGCUUUGACCCUUAAUUUUCCAUGCUGGGUUCUAGCCUGGGAGCGGAUAUACCAUGAAACAACAGCUAUUUGGAUAUGCGGCAGUCAAAGCUGGAAUCUCCCCACCACCACCUACAUAAUGUACUUCAUUCCCUAGGAGACCUGAUAACUCUGCACUGCCCAGCAAAACCCCACAUUGAAAACCAGACCGGGCUGUUUGGGGGCUUAUAAUGGAUUGGGAGGCACUUCUGUACUUUAAUUUCUUUGAAAAAAAUUGAUCGUAUGGCUCCUUCGGUGUUAAAUACCCAAUAUGCAAAGCCUGCCUGCCAUUAAAGAGAGGUUUCUUCACAGUUAUGAAAAUAAUCUUUCAAGUCUCCCUGCCUGUUCUUGGCUAUUCCACCCCUCCUUCCCCUGGUUUCUCAUGCAGAUACAACCACCUAGUUAACAAGGAAUAAACUUAACCACUUGUAUUGCA